AUGUGCGAUUUGUCCAAAUCCCACGCACCUAAGGUUGUUGAUGACCAAGAGAGCGAAAAGGUGCUGGAGAAGCUGGACAAGCAGGGGGGCGGGAUGCAGCAGGAGCUCACCAGGAGAGCCAAGGAGCUGCACGACAGGGAGUUCAAGCUGCCCUACCAGAACCCAGCACCGUGCGCCGACGAGAAGGCAGACUGCCGCGAGUGCUACGUGAGCAAUGCUGCCCAAGACCCGCUCAAGUGCGCCGAGGCCGUCAGGAGGUUUGAGGCGUGCGUUUGCAUGGCCAGGCAGAGUGGCGGCGUGCAAGCUGGUCAAUAGUACUGUUGCUAGUCGGAAUGAGUGAGUGAGGGGCACACGAUUUUUUGUUGAAUAACCUGGGUUUUUGUUGAGACCUAAAACACCAUUGUAGAUCAAUUAUGGUUAAGGGAUUGCUAGGCACCCGUUUACUGUGA